UUAUUUAAACAACGAUUCUUAACCCUGUAUGAACAGUAAACAAGCUUAUUAGAAACAGCAAUACGAAGAAACGUUCUGUUGCGAUUCUGGGUUAAUCUGAAUCAGAAAUAACAGAUGUAUUAUCACUAUUGUUGUUGUAUUUCUGUAUAUUUCUACUCGAGUAUCCUGUUUAACGUUUAAGAUCCGCAUCUCUGUCAUGUGGAAACCAGUUUCCAGCACAUAACAGAAAUACCGGUGAAUUAAUAAACAUCGGUCACGGUUCUGCUGGAGUGAGUUGGUGAUGUGCUUCUGCAGAUGUGAGCAGGCGUGAUGGGAGUUCAUGGACUGUGGAAGCUCUUGGAAAGCACCGGAAAACCCAUCAAUCCUGAAACACUGGAGGGGAAGAUCUUAGCUGUCGACAUCAGUAUCUGGCUGAAUCAGGCGGUCAAAGGAGUGCGGGAUCGCGAUGGGAACGCGGUGCAGAACGCUCAUCUCCUCACGCUCUUCCAUCGCCUCUGUAAGCUGCUGUUCUUCCGCAUCAGACCUGUGUUUGUGUACGAUGGAGACGCGCCGCUGCUCAAGAAACAGACGCUGGCCAUCAGGAGGCAGCGGAGGGAGGAGAUGAGCCGCGAGUCCAGACAGACCAAUGAGAAGCUCCUCCGGACCUUCCUGAAGAGACAGGCCAUCAAAGCAGCUUUAGGAGAUCAGAGUCGGGAGGCGAUUCCCAGCCUGUCGUCUGUGAGACGAGACGAUCAGGACGACAUGUACGUUCUGCCUGCACUUCCUCCUGAUGAGAAGAGACACGAGAGCAGUUCAGAGGAGGAAAGAGACGCAGACGAAUCACUGCAGACCUACAGCAGACUCCAGGAAGAGGUCUAUGACAACCCCAACUCUGUAGACAUCAACUCUGAGGAGUUUUCCCUCAUGCCACCGGAGGUCAAACACGAAAUCCUGAAAGAAAUGAAGGAGUUCAGCAAGAGGCGACGCACCCUGUUCCAGAAACCCCCAGAGAGGUCCGGCGAGUUCUCUCGGUAUCAGCUGGCGGGUCUCCUGCAGAGGAACAGUCUCAACCUGCGUCUGGAGGGAGUGCAGCAGGAGAUGAACCAGCACAGCUCUGGAGCAGCGGAUGCCAGCAGAGACCAGCACACAGAGAUCCGCCGUCUGGUGUCCGAGGAGUCCUCACACUACAUCCUCAUUAAAGGGUCCCAGAAGAAGGCCGGCGCUCCGGACGGUCAGUCGACUCCAGCGCUGUGGUCCAGCAGUCCGUGGGAACGCAAAGGGAGGCCAAAAGGGAAGCCUGAGCCCUUGUGGCGGCCCGUGACUGAGGAAGAUGAGAACAAGCCUUCCUCCUCCUCGUCCUGUGCUGAGGAGCCGCCCUCGCCUCGAACCCUACAGACCAUCCAGAGCACCGUGACAGAUCCCGCAGACGGACGCAAACGCAGAACAUACGUCAUCAGCAGCAGCUCCGAGGACGAGGAUGAAGCGGCGGUUCCUGACAGGAGCCUCGUGUCCGAGGUCAGUGCAGGAGGAGGUGUAUCUCCCAGGACUCUGCUGGCCAUACAAGAAGCUCUGGGAGAAGAAGCUGUGGAGCCGAGGAGCAGCUCUGAUGGAGAGGACCCUGGAGUCGGUGUUUCCUCACAGUCCAGAACGCCUCUGAUUCUCAGAUCUGCUGGAUCUGAAAGCCAGGAGGAGACACGUGAGCCUGCGGUAAAUCCUCUUCUAAUGCAAAGACACGCGAGCGCUUCCUCUGAUCGCAAACCUGUGAAUGCAGACCGAACGGAUCCGACGGAGGAAAAUAAAGUGAAGAGUGAAGAUGAGGAGGAAAGCAGCUCGGAAGAGAGUUUUAUCGAGGUGUCUGAUGCGGAGGAACCGUCUGAAACAGAGGAAUCUCACGUCAAAGCAGAAGCAGCAGCCGAUAAAAGCACCUCAGAAGAGGAAGAGGAGGAGAGAACAGAGGAAGAGGAGAGCAGAGAGGAAGAGUCCGGCGUCCAGAGCCCAGAUGAGAGCGAAGAAGUCAACGAGUCUGUAAAUGAAGCUCCUGCUGCGAGCGAGUGGGAUCACAUCGACACGGAGGAGCUGCUGCAGCUGGACAGAGAUCUGCAGGACGAGCAGAUGAAUCUGAGAGAGCAGCAGCAGAAGCAGCAGCGCAGCAGCAGCACCGUCACCGGACAGAUGUGCCAGGAGAGCCAGGAGCUGCUGCGUUUGUUCGGUGUGCCGUUCAUCGUGGCGCCGAUGGAGGCUGAAGCCCAGUGUGCAGCGCUGGACCGACUGGACCAAACACACGGCACCAUCACUGACGACAGCGACAUCUGGCUCUUCGGUGGACGCCACGUCUACAAGAACUUCUUCAGCCAGAACAAAUACGUGGAGCAUUACCAGUGUGUGGACAUGCAGAGCCAGCUGGGGCUGGACAGGAGCAAACUCAUCAAUCUGGCGUAUCUUCUGGGCAGUGAUUACACCGAAGGCGUUCCGGGAGUGGGAUUCGUCUCCGGGAUGGAGAUCCUCAACGAGUUUCCCGGAGCCGGUUUAGAGCCGCUCGUUCAGCUCAGUGAAUGGUGGACUGAAGCGCAGGAGAAUAAGAAACUGGCCUCCAACCCUAGAGACACAAAGGUGAAGAAGAAACUGAGGAAUCUCCAGCUUCAUCCUGGUUUCCCGAACCCUGCUGUGGCUCAGGCUUACCUGGAGCCCACCGUCGACCAAUCAGACGCCUCGUUCAGCUGGGGCCGCCCACACCUGGAGCUCAUCAAAGAGUUCUGUCAGAACCGCUUCGGAUGGAGCAGCAGGAAGACUGAAGAAACGCUGCAGCCGGUGCUCAAACAGCUCCAGACGCAGCAGACGCAGCUGCGCAUCGAUUCGUUCUUCCGUCUGGAGCAGCAGGAGCGGCAGUCGAUCCGGAGCCAGCGUCUGCGCAGAGCCGUCACCUGCCUCAAGAGAAAGGAGAGAGAGGAGGAAGAGGAGGAGGAAGAACCGUCUCCGUCUAAGCAGGUCAGGAGCGGGGCCCCUGGAGCCACGGGGCCGCUCACAGGAGGAUUCAUAGAGCCAGUGCCUCACCUGAGCUCACCUGCAGACACACGGGACGAGACGAGGGGCGGGACCACGCUGUUGAUGUCAUCGAGGGCGGAGUCAAGCAGCUCCAGCUCAGAGGGUGAGGAGGAGCGUGGGCGGGGCGUCGCUAUGGUUACAGCGCGUUCUGUGUUCGAGGGCAAAACCAGAGGAAGAGGGAAACGAGGAGGAAGAGGAAGGAGCAGAAACAGAUGAUGAUGACAACAAACAAACAAAUUAACAGUUUACAUGGGAAAUGUCUUGUUUAUAGUAACGACGAUGCUGUUUAAUUAAUAUACUGUGUGAUUACUUCAGAAAUGCCGACAUGAAAUCAUGAAAAAUAAAGAAUGACAUCAAUAUUUCUUCACAUUAGAACAGAUCUGCCAACUUUUUUACUACUGCUGUUUUUCUAUUUCUAUUUUUGAAAAACUUUAAAUGAAUUUGCAAAAAAA